CUCCAAUGUCAAUGUCUCAACAUUAAACAAUAACCCGUCUCCCAAAUAUGGAUCUUUCCCAUUCAACCAUCUUCAUCAUCCUCUUCCUCAUCACUUUCUUGCUUCUUCCAUUUUCUUCAAGAUCAUCUUCCCAUUACAGCACACUAGUCUACAAAACCUGUUCAAACAGAACCUCAUUCAACAACAAUAAUAAUCAAUUAUUGUUAUCAUCUCGGUCUUAUUCACAAACACUCACUUCUCUGUUCAACCAACUCAUUGCCCAGUCUUCCCAGUCCAAGUUCUUUAGAACCAAGGAACUCGCUUUAGACGAAAGCGCCGUCAUCUCCGGCCUUUUCCAAUGCAGAGAGGACAUUGCCAUAGAAGAUUGUUUUAGCUGUGUGAACUCUCUUCCUCCUUACAUUUCAUCAAACACAUUGUGCACCAGUUCCACGUCUGCAAGGGUACAACUUCAGGGUUGCCACAUUCAAUAUAAUACCGAGAAUCUUUCAGCAGAGACAACAAAUGGUGAUGAAACUGAGGGCCGUAACAAUGAGAUGAGGGGUGAAAACAACCACAGCUAGUCGGUUCAACAUUGUCCAACCUAUCAAUGCAUUGUAGGCUAAUGCUACGUCGACCAAAAUGUAUUUGGUGCACGGAAUUGUAAUGCCAAUAUCAAAAUCAAGAUUUC